AUGAUCGCAGUAUCCUUUCCGCGCUUGCCCUUCAAUCCCUCAUACACCAAUCAUUCACACAAAUUCUGGCAAGACCUCUCUGAGGACCAAGGCGCUGGGGACGAGCCCCUGGCACUGCCUGAAGACAGCAUCGAUGAUUCAUUGCGCAUAGAGGCUUCGAGGCAUGGCGGUGGCGAGUGCGCAUUCACAGGUCCCGACAAAGUUGGAAAUACCCGUGUCGAUGUGCAUUGGAUAUUCCCUCCGUCUAUGAUAAUCAUGAUCUCUACAUGGGGCGCGAAGAAGCCAUUUUUACCCAACAUCCCGGACUUUCGGGUGUCCCACAACCUCCUGAACAUGCGAGACGAAAUAUACCAGUUGUGGAACUCAAAUGCCUUCAGCGUCGACGUGGAUGAAGCUAUGAAUGCGGGUCUACCAGCCCAUCUCACGCAUAUACCCGCAGGUGGUGCCUCGGACGUGUACUUGCGUGAGCACUUUGGGCAUACAUUGACUGUUCAUCUCCUCGGUGGCGACAUAGGAAUGGAAGUUGGGCGCAUCGAUUGGAAUAUGGAGGGUAGAACCGUCAUUGAAGCGGUUUGCAAAUGUUUGGAGAGGAAGAAACUCAAAGAGGACGUGAACAGGCUCAUUAUACGGGAUUACGAGGAGUGGGAAUUUGAAAGGCGGUUCUAA